AUGCAGAACGUCAAUGCAUUAAAACUACCAGGGACAAAGCUAGAAGCUCUCACAGUCCACUUCAGGAUUAACCCAUCAAGAAAUAGUUUCCUUUUCAUGCCAGCGUCUUUUGCUUCUGAGGCGAAGGCCACGUUUUGUAGCUCAGAGAUGCGAAGUGUCCCUCGGAGAUUGGAAAGUUCUUUGAGCUCAUGCAGUCCGGCACCGCUCAGUCUUCCUACAACAAAAUUAGAUAACUUCUGCAAGCUUCUCAGCUUUCUUAUUCCUGGCGGCAUCUCUACCAAGGGAGUGCCAACAAGGUCGAGGAGGCGUAAGUUGAUGAGUUCGGCUAUGCUUGUUGGCAGGCUUGUGAGGUCACUGCAAUUUGACAAUAACAGUGUCUGCAAAUUAAAGAGGUUACACACAAACUCUGGGAGCUCUUUUAUCUUGGUGCUUGACAGAUCGAGAUACCGUAACUGCUUCAAACCCUUCAAUGAUUUAGGCAAUUGGAGAGAUUCAAGACCCGUUGGAACGUUGAACGGAAGGAUGGUUCUUAGAAACUCAGCUCCAGAGAUGGACUUGAAAGCCACUGAAGCAUCACACUGGCUUCUAGAAAAUGAAAAAUGCCGAGCCAUACUUGGUAUCUCCGGAAUUUUGUCAUCGUCCAGUCUGAAGCAAAAAUCUCCUGAAACAGCUUUAGCCAAAUCAUUCAUGAGAUCGUGCAUCACAAAGCUUGUCAUAGUGAUGUCCACUCUCUGGAAAAAAGAUCGAGCAACUAAAUCGUCAAGAGGUCUAUUGCCAUCCAUAGAAGCACUAAUUCUUCCCUAUCGAAGACAUAACCCUUGGGGAAUAUUGAGCAGAGGGCAAAGCAUCGCUUAA